AGCCGUCGAACCAACUGUCGUUCAAAAGCCCACUUACGCUUUUAUCCUGCUCUAAACUCCCUGACAGCACCACUUCUGCCUCUCCCCCUGACCCCACAUGGACCUGUGGGACCCAGGGCAGACCCCGCCCGCCUCGCAGCACAGCGGAAGUGCCGUCAGAGGAAGGCCGGCCGCCCGCCCUCAGCGGAGGAAGGCCGGGCUGUAAGAUGGCGGCGGCGGAGGAGCGGCUCCUGUCGGAGGGGGAAGGCGGCGCCCCGGGCUCGGCGCGGCUCUCCCCGCCCCCGCUCUCGCAGUCUCCCGAGGCCCCGGCGCCCUUGGAGCAGCCGCCUCAGAGCAACACGCUGAUGGGGCUGCCCAUCGUGGCCAUCGAGAGCAUCCUCAGCUUCCUGUCCUACGACGAGACGAGCCAGCUCCGCCUGGUUUGUAAACGAAUGGACUUGGUUUGUCAACGAAUGUUAAAUCAGGGAUUUCUAAAAGUGGAAAGAUACCACAACUUGUGUCAAAAGCAAGUUAAAGCUCAGCUGCCAAGACGAGAGUCCGAAAGAAGAAACCAUUCGUUAGCCCGUCAUGCAGACAUCCUUGCUGCUGUAGAAACGAGACUCUCUUUGUUAAAUAUGACUUUCAUGAAGUACGUGGAUUCCAAUCUCUGUUGCUUCAUACCUGGAAAGGUAAUAGAUGAAAUUUACCGUGUUCUAAGGUAUGUAAACUCUACAAGAGCUCCUCAGAGAGCUCAUGAAGUUCUUCAAGAACUAAGGGACAUUUCUUCCAUGGCUAUGGAAUAUUUUGAUGAGAAGAUUGUUCCAAUUCUGAAAAGGAAGCUUCCUGGGUCAGAUGUAUCAGGACGCCUGAUAGGAGCUGCCCCAGUUCCAGGGCCUUCUGCAGCACUAACAACAAUGCAGCUGUUCUCCAAGCAGAAUCCUUCGAGACAGGAAGUCACCAAACUCCAGCAGCAAGUGAAAGCAAACGGUGCGGGUGUGACAGUGCUAAAGCGGGAAAUCUCAGAGCUCCGCACCAAAGUGCAAGAGCAACAGAAACAGCUCCAAGAUCAAGAUCAGAAACUGCUAGAGCAAACCCAAAUCAUAGGUGAACAGAACGCCCGGUUGGCUGAGCUCGAACGCAAGCUGCGAGAGGUGAUGGAGAGCGCGGUAGGAAGUUCUUCGGGUACUGGUUCAAAUGAACAAUCUCCUCGAAAACGGAGGAAGGCGGUUGAAUCCACAGACUGUCCUAGGAAAUCUAAACGCCUUCGAAACAGAAAAUAACUUGGGGAGUCACCGACGCCUUCAGGAGGAUACACUGCUUUAGUAGCCCAAGCAGGUCUGCUCAUUUGGAUACUGUGAUUCGCUUCAUGGUGUCCCGUAGGCUGCUGGCUCUUCAACACAUCACUUAGACUUGAACAUGAAUUUUCUUUCAUUGAGACUUUUCCCCUGCUUUCUGGAUGGGUGGGCCUAAUGCACAGGAUCUUUAAGAUUUGCAAUAGAUACAUACUAACCAGUCCUGCUCUGUUACCAUUUUGAAACAAUAACCUAUUUUUUUUUUGUUUUUUUGUUUUUUUUUUCCUCCGUGCAAAUGUGUUGAAAGUAAACUUAUUUGUGUUUCUGCGUAUGUUCACAUGAAAUCUGAAAUAAAUUCAGUCUUAACUGACUAAAAAGUUGAGCUUAAAAACAGCUGUCCUGUUCACUUGAAGAAAAGACACGCUUUUAAAAUCAUGUUUUAGAAAACCUGACUUUGUUUUUUUGUUACAAGUGACCUUGUCUGGAAUGUCUGAAAAGCAGUGAAUAAUUUUUUGGGAUCUCUGUAACAAGUAAAACUGACUUCUUAAGCUACGCUAUUGCCUAUAUAUUUUUGUAAACUUACAAGGAAAGGCCUUCUGUCCAGUUGUCACACGCCCUAGUUCUAGGUCUUGGGAGCCAUAUUUGCAUGGAUAGAUGCACGUAGAGCUUAGCCUGCUAAAAGCACUCAUCUCAAGUUGUCCUUCACUCUGAGUACAGACCUGUAGAGCGAUGCCUUCAUUCCUCAGCCAUAGCUCCACACCUGCUUUCAGCACAGCUGCUUUCUUACAGCAAGGUGGUCUUGCAGAGCUAGCGGCAAGAGCUUGGGAGCCAGGCUACCUGCAGGUAUUGUUGGCCAAAGCUGGAGAGCUGAGAAGCUGCCUAUGCAUCACUUGAUACAUAGGCAAACAUGAGAAUCAGACAACCUGUCCCUGUGGUAACCAAACUCAUGGGGACACCAUUUGAAUGAAAUGCUGUAUCACAAAAAAAUGUAAGCUAUUCUGUGUGUGUGUGUUGGGGUGGAGAUUUCUCUGUAAUGCUGAGGCCGAUAUUCCAGACUUCUUUGUCCUGACAGGUAAAUCACUUCAGAUGAAGUUUUAACUUCUUUUGCACUUCUGUUUUGAGCUUGUAACUGGAAAAGCAUGUCCCGCACUGUUCAAUCUCCCUGCUCGCUUUAACAACCUCGGAGCUGUAUACAAUGACUUUCUCAUCUGUAUAUUUUUGGAACCUUAUACAAAUACCAUUGUCCUUGGUUUUGUUUUAAUGUACUAAACUACGUAGCUUUAUUGUUUGA